AUGAAGUCACAAUUCUUGAUUAUAUUUGUUAUGCCUUUGCUCAUUUUUGAUGCGAAUUCUCUUAAUAUCCUCUUUACCAGUGAACUUGCAAGUCCAAGUCAUCACAUUUUCAAUAGUGCUUUAGCUCGAGCUCUUGCUGCUCAUGGACAUAAUGUCACUUUUAUAUCAGCUGACCUUGUCAAAAAUCCACCAGAAAAUUUACACUAUAUUCACAUGGAAUACCAAUAUCAAAUGAUGGAUGAUUUCAUGCCAGGUGUAGAUGUAGCAACAUUCUUCAAAGAAUUUAUAAAUAUGGGCAGACUUACGAAUAUGAUCAUGAUGAGUGGAUUUGGAUAUGAAGUAUGCACAGAAUUGACCAAAAACAAGGGAUUCUCUGUAAUAAUGAAUUAUCCAGAUGACUUUAAGUUUGAUUUAAUGAUCUACGACUACACAAUGCUACCGUGCAUGUUGGGGCUUCUUCAUAAGUUCAACUACCCACCGCUUGUUGCAAUUUCAGCAUUCUGUAAUCCAUUUACGACAGCUGAUAUUUUUGGUGGUGAUAAACUUGGAUUAACUGUUAAGCCACAUUAUAUGCUCAGUUAUGAUAGUGAUAUGAACAUUUUACAAAGAUUGGACAACGGAUUUUUGAACUUUUUUGAGUCAUUAAUCAGGAAGUAUUACUCACUUCCAGCGAUUGACAAACAAAUGAAAGCUAUGUAUGGCUCAGACCUUCCUUAUGUUGGUGACAUUGAGAAACGCGCGCAAAUUGCUCUUGUUAACUCACAUCCAGCAAUAGAAUUUGCAGAGUCACUUCCUCCAAAUGUCAUUGAAAUCGGUGGGAUGCAAAUUGCUGAGCCAAAACCUGUUGAGAAGGAACUUGAUGAGUUUUUAAAUAAUGGCAAGAAAGGAUCAGUUUUGAUGUCAAUGGGAUCGAAUUUCAAGUCAGAAUACUUAGAUGAAUCAGUCAUCAUUUCAAUUGUCGAGGCAUUCCGUCAAUUGCCUGAAUAUAACUUCAUUUGGAAGUUUGAAAACACUGACAAAAUCAAGGAACUCCCCAAAAAUCUGAUGAUCCGUCCAUGGCUGUCACAAAAUGACAUUUUGGCUCACAAAAAUGUAAAAGCUUUCAUUUCACACUCAGGAAUGCUGUCUACAUUGGAAUCAACAUGGCAUGGAGUUCCAAUUGUUGGCAUUCCACUGUUUAUGGAUCAAAUCAGGAACUUAAAAAAAUCUGAAAAUGCUGGCGUAGCUGUAAAAGUUGAUCUUCAAACAAUUACAACAGAGAAAUUAAAAUCAGCACUUCUUGAAGUUCUCGAAAAUCCAAAAUAUACGCACAAUAUGAAAUUGAGGUCGGAGCUGUUUAAAGACCAGCCACAAAAGCCAAUGGAUCGUGCUGUUUGGUGGUGCGAAUAUGUCAUGAGAAAUCCUAAAGCAACGCAUUUGAGGCCCAAUGAAUUUAAUUUUGGAUUACUUGGGUCUCAUUUCUGGGACAUCCAAUUAAUUUCAAUAGUUUUGAUUGUCUUGGCUUUCAAGGUCUUAAGAUGUGUUUGUAGAAAAGUUUGUUGUAAAAUUUGUAGUAAAUUCGGUAAAUGUAAGAAAUCAGAUGAGAAGAAGAAGAAGGAAUAG